UAAGCGCUGCACUUUUAAAAGAAUCCGAAUACUUCUUAUUCGUGUUAGUUUAAACAUCUUUUUCACUCACCUUUUCACUGCUCCUGGCCAUGUGAGUUAUUUUGUCCUCGUCUUCCAGCAGCUCUCGCAGCUCUCUGGUUCUGCGGACGCCGAAGUGAAACCGGACCGGCAGAGACAUGCUGACCGUCCGUGCUCUGGAUGCUCUCUGUCUCCUCAGUAUAACACCUGCUGGCUCCUGAAGCGUCCUUCGGGAGCUGUUGAUGCUGCAUUCAAAGACAGUCAGAGGUUAUACUGCAGAACUUGUGGAACCUUGUCCUGUCUUGAUCACCAUGUCAACAUGACCACUGCUGCCCUCAGAAUAACUGAGGCUAUAUGUAGCCUCAGUUAAUCCUUAAGUCCAGCGCUGCCGUCCGUCAGUGAAAGUCCUGCACUGAGACUGAGAGGCGCUUCAUGUCCAGACAACAUUCAGAUUUACCACCACAGCUCUGAACACAGGACAUGUCCACUGGCACCAUGAUGCGUCCUCUAGCUCUUCACCAAAACAUCUCUGGGACGCUGAGCUGUGAGUGAGUCAGAGUUAACCACCAUGAGCGCUGACACCGUCAGCAGGCCAGAGCUGGAAUUGGAGAACAACGGCGAGCUUGCUGACUUGGUAGCAGCCAUGAACGUGGCCGCCAACCGUUUAACCCCUCCUAAUGGCUACAGGUCGGGUGGUCCAAGGACCACCAACACCAACCGAAUUCACCUCUCAGACAGGAAAAUGUCUCUGCAGGAGAGAGGGAGUCGCAUGGCCCGACAGCCAACCAUUGAGACCAAACGUGUGUCAAUCACUGGCGUUGAUGAUUGUAUCCAGCUUAACCAGUAUAAACUAAAGGAAGAGAUUGGAAAGGGUUCGUAUGGAGUAGUGAAAUUGGCUUAUAAUGAAGAUUCAGAAGAGCACUAUGCAAUGAAAGUAGUUUCAAAGAAGAAGCUGAUGAGGCAGUGUGGAUUUUUGCGCCGCCUGCCAACCUCAGGGUCAAAGUCACAGCAGGAUCCGUUCCCUAAAGCCGCCUUGCCUCUGGAGAGCGUGUACAAGGAGAUCGCCAUCCUGAAGAAACUGGACCAUCAUAAUGUUGUCAAACUGAUCGAGGUGCUGGAUGAUCCUGAUGAAGAUGGACUUCACAUGGCCUUCGAAUUGGUGACAAAAGGACCGGUGAUGGAGGUGCCUACUGACAACCCUCUAACGGAGCAGCAGGCUCGCUUUUACUUCAGAGACGUUGUCCUUGGAAUAGAGUACUUACACUACCAAAGGAUUAUUCACAGGGACAUUAAACCAUCUAAUCUGCUGUUGGGAGAUGAUGGCCACGUCAAGAUAGCAGACUUUGGUGUGAGCAAAGAGUUUGAGGGGACAGACGCCCUUCUGUCAAGCACAGCGGGGACGCCGGCCUUCAUGGCUCCGGAGAUGAUGACCGAACACGAGCAGAGCUUCAGUGGAAAAGCAUUAGACGUGUGGGCGAUGGGAGUCACACUGUACUGCUUCGUCUUUGGGAUGUGUCCUUUUUAUGAUGAAUACAUAGUUUCUCUACACAACAAGAUAAAGAACAAACCUGUGGAGUUUCCAGAGACGCCAUUAAUAAGUAAUGAACUGAAGGAGCUCAUUGAAAGGAUGCUGGAUAAAAACCCUGAAACAAGAAUCACCAUCCCAGAAAUUAAGCUCCAUCCGUGGGUGACAGAGAACGGUGCAAAUCCUCUCCCUCUGGAGGAGGAGCACUGCACGGUUGUUGAGGUCACUGAGGAGGAGGUGCAGAACAGCAUUAAACUCAUCCCCAGCCUCUCCACGGUGAUUCUUGUGAAGUCCAUGCUGAGGAAGCGGUCUUUCAGUAAUCCCUUUGAGUGUCAGGGCAGACGGGCGGAGAGGUCCAUGUCUGCCCCUGGAGGUCUUCUUACUGGUUCUUGGGGCUUACUGGGGUCUUCGUCUCACCUUCAUCCUUCCUUGAGGAAAGUCAGCAGAGAGGGAAGCAGAGAAGGAGAGUUGGAGGACUUGUAUGAAGAUGAAGCUUUUACAGAGAGUGCUGAUUAAUCUGGCUCACAUGGAUUUAAAACACAGAAAGUAUGUUUUUGUACAUUUAUUUGUGUCUUUUUCUCUUAAUUCUUUUGUUCGUUGUUGCUUUUGACAUUAGAGGAGAAAAUUGUGGUCAUUUUGUAAAUUUACUGAAUAUUCAAGUAAAGAUUUGUAGUGCAUGAAAAUACAGAAAAAGAUGAUAUUAUCUUCCAUCCGGGCUUAAAAAAGUAAAUAUACUCCAUGAAGAUGAAGAUAUUUUUACAUUUUCCUACAGCUGUUGAAGAUAACAAAAUAUAAACUAUUGAAACAAUGACUGAAUCACGUUUCUUCUGUCACGCUUAGUUUUGUUGCGUUGACUAUUAAACACUAGAUGGCAGCCUUGAGAAAACCUAUUAUUUCAUAAUGACUUUUAUUUGAAUGUUUCUAGGUUGACAGCAUUAAACUAUCAGUGGCUGCUACAGCUGUGCACGCAUGAAUGCACACUUCUUCAUUACCACUAUUUCUAAUGAUUCUGUAUAUCGGCUGUUCUUCAUGCUUUUGACCAGUAGAGGGAAGCAUUAUGCAGCAAUUAUACAAACUCAAACUCAACAACCUGCCCUGCUGAAGGACCCUUAAGCAUAUAUGUGUAUAUAUAUAU